AUGACAAUAACCGACAUUUCGUCAGUGGGUCCAAUAGAAACGUAUAAAGUCGAUGCACAAACACCACUUAAGUCAGCUAUCGAAAAUUUAUCGCAAAAUGUCCAACUGACCCAGUGGAUGGCAGCACCCGCGACUUACGAGUACGCGAUAAACGAAAUUCGCCAGAAAUCGCAUCAGGUGCUAAUACAGUAUUUACCAGAUACUCUUUUGUGCCAACUGCAACAAUUCAAUGAGCGUUCUAUACCGCAAAUGCUCAUUGUCACAGGAUUACCGUUUGAUGGGCUCCAAGAAACGGAGUUGGCCGAAUGUUUUCUAUUGGGUCUUUCCUCCAUUAUGAAUAUGAAGCCAUUCACAUACAAGAAUGAAUAUAAUGGGCGUUUAUUGCAUCACGUGAAACCCGAUGUGAAACAUGAAUAUUCGAAAAUGGGUGUAAAUUCCAAGGCAAACCUUGAUCUGCACGUGGAAAAUGCAUUUGAUCCUUGCCGACCAGACUGUAUGGCUCUUUAUUGUCUGACUGGAGAUCAAGCGGCCAAGACUACAUUGUACUCGGUAACAAAAUUACUUUCAAAGAUGGAUAAAAGUCUGAGCGAUCAAAUGGAAUCCAUUGGCAAAAAGAAUGAAUUUCUGUUUCAACAUCCUCAAAGUUUUAGUGCCGGAAAAGCCGAUGUCGGAGCACUAAUUUUCGAGCUUCCUAAGGGAGAAACCGCUAUACGGUUCUCUACACCUCUUAGCGGCCGCAGCGAGGAAGCGGAACGGCUUAAAGAACAGCUUCAGCGUUUUUUCAAUACGGAAGAAGGACGUCCAGAUGGAUACUGUUUGCAGCGUGGUGAUUUGCUUAUUUGGUCGAAUCAUACAAACCUGCACGGUCGAACUGCGUAUGCGCCUAACUAUGAGCCCUCCGCUCAACGAUUGCUGGUCCGUAUGUUUAUGGCGAUUGAUCACACGCUGCCAUUAUUAAGAGACUAA